CAAAGCACCUGGAGCAUAUAGCCUUGCAGAACUUCUCCUUGACUGCCUGCCUGCCUCUGGCCAUGGCCUGCCAGUGCCUCAGCUUCCUUCUGAUGGGGACCUUCCUGUCAGUCUCCCAGACAGUCCUGGCCCAGCUGGAUGCACUGCUGGUCUUCCCAGGCCAAGUGGCUCAACUCUCCUGCACGCUCAGCCCCCAGCACGUCACCAUCAGGGACUACGGUGUGUCCUGGUACCAGCAGCGGGCAGGCAGUGCCCCUCGAUAUCUCCUCUACUACCACUCAGAGGAGGAUCACCACCGGCCCACUGACAUCCCUGAUCGAUUCUCGGCAGCCAAGGAUGAGGCCCACAAUGCCUGUGUCCUCACCAUUAGUCCCGUGCAGCCUGAAGAUGACGCGGAUUACUACUGCUCUGUUGGCUACGGCUUUGGUCCCUAGGGGUGGGGUGUGAGAUGAGUGCCUCCCCUCUGCCUCCCAUUUCUGCCUGACCUUGGGUCCCUUUUAAACUUUCUCUGAGCCUUGCUUCCCCUCUGUAAAAUGGGUUAAUAAUAUUCAACAUGUCAACAAUA